AUGGAAGGAGAGGCUUAUGGAUUUAUAAAAGAUUUUUUUAAAUAUGAAGAAAUUAUGGAUCAGUGCAUAGAAAUCGCAGAUUCUCAACGCAUUGAUAGGUGUGAUGAAUUGACAAUAGAAAAUUUUGAUAAAUUUGUGUUUGACGUUAAGAGCAAAUGCCCCCAAGUCAUUUUAUAUUUACAAAAAAUAUAUGAAAAUAAUAAUAUGUCUAGUGUAGGAUGCAAAUUCUUGUAUUAUUGGGUAUAUAACUAUCUUCUACAGAAAAAGCAAAUUAAUAAAAUCAGAACGAUUUAUCUUACUUUUUUGAGUACAUAUAGUGUGACUUAUUCAAAUCACAAUUUAACUGAUGCUCGUAAGAUAUCUAUUAAAGAAGUAGAUUUACCAAAAGUUACAGCAUUAUAUGAUAUGUAUAAAAAUCUUAAAACUAUCAAGCAAAAUUGUAAACCAAAUAAAAGCGAAGAAUAUUGUAGUUUAGUAAAGGAAAUUAUUAAUCAAUAUAAUAUGCAGUUGCAAAAAGAAGAUAUUGAAAUUAGUGCAACACACGUAUUACCCCAUUAUCACAGCAAUAUUAAAGCUCCUAUUUUAACAACAAUUACAGUAAUAUUAAUGAUAACGUUUUUUAUAUUUAUUGCUAAUAAGAUCUCUCCACAUGUACCAUUUUUGCACCAUGGAAUAAAGAGAAUAAAAAAUAAAUUAAAAAAUACAGUUAUAGAAUGGAAUAUGUUACAAUCACAAGGUUUACGCAACAGUUUUUUAAACACUGACAGAUACAGUGUAUUUAUAUAA